CAGUAGCAGCUGAUGUUUUGGCCUUGAACAUUCAACUACAAGUGUAUGCUCCAACGACUUAGCUCAACACUAUAUACAAGUGGUAUACAGCUUGUUGGCGUUACGAUUACUUUUUAGCGAUUUACGGAUAAUGUCACCGAAGGAACUGCGUGGUCUAUUGCUGGCGUUGGUUAUUGUAGCCUUGGUGCUGUUGCUGGUGGGAUUUGUGUCUCCUGGAUGGAUUCACAUUAAAGCGAACAGCGGAACAACCCACAUAGGUCUCUGGUACCGGCUGAAGUGUGACGAAAAAUGUGAAAGGAGUUUCGACAACCUAGCAUACGAUUAUGGAAUUGGCACCACCCGCGUCCUGACGACCUUGACAAUAGCGUUCAGUGUUUUAGCGGUGAUCAUGAACGUCGUCAACUAUCUCGUAAACAAGAAAAGCACCCAGGAAAAAGACAAGCCGACCAAGGUGGCUGCUGUGCUGGCAACAUUGCUCGCUGGAAUUAUGGCGAUUGUUCCACUACAAUCAUACAUAGACUUCAACAGGAGAUAUAUUACAAUCUCUGCUGCAGACGACAAUGACUCGCCCAUCUACUUCCCCUACUCACUAUUCAUCUUCGGGAUUGGCUUUCUGUUGCUGCUAGUUGCAAACUUAAUUUCAUUCGUGAAUAUUGCAAAACAUUAUUUUCAGGGAAAUGAGAACACGUCUCAUUUUGAAAAUUUGCACAAUAUUCAACAGGAAACCCGGUUGUCGUAACUAGAAAAGCAACAAGCGGCCAUGGUGAAAACAUCAAAUCUAGAUGAGUUGGAAUAUUGACUUGACUAUUGCUAUGCUAAAGGAAACUUGCUUCGUAGUUUUAAGAUAUUUUUUCUAUGAAUAUGUUUCUCUUGUAUUUUUAUAAAUGUUAAAAUAUUAUAAUUUAAAUAUAAAUAUGUACAUGUA